GGUCCAAAAUUCUCAAAUUACGAACGACAAACAGGGGAGGAUUUUCCAGAGAACUGUAUACCUAGUAUAAUUGGGCCCUAAUGACAGCCGACAACGACUGCAACGGUGGUGGUCAGUGCGCCGUGUGUGGCAUUCCAGCUGGGCAGCGAUGUGCCGGUUGUCAACAAGUCAGCUACUGCGGGCGAGAUCAUCAACGGCACCACUGGAAGGCAGGCCAUCGGGGACAGUGCCGAUGCUGUAAGAUUUCCAGAAACAAAACCCUCGGCCGCCACUUGACGGCCACCCGCCCAAUCCGUCGCGGUGAACUCAUCUACACGGAUGCCCCUCUGUUGCUGGGACCAAAAAUAUCCAGCCUCCCGCUUUGCUUGGGUUGCCAUCGAGACCUUGCGCCAUUGAUUGAAAGUCAUCAGCAAAAUUUUCACCACUGUCGCCGCUGCGGUUGGCCUUUGUGUGGCCCUGGUUGCGAAACGGCUUCCCAACACGUGGAAGAAUGUCGCCUGCUGGCAUCGCCGUCAUCGAAAGGUUUCAGACCGCAGAUUAACCUCAACCGCGAGCAACCGGAACGGAAGGAAUCGGCUUACUGUGUGGUGGUCCCACUGAGAGCCCUCCUACUCAAACGGAACGAUCCCCAGCGCUAUCGGGAUGGGUUCCUGUCGCUCGAAUCGCACAUUGAGACGCGCAUUCAAACACCGCUUUACGCGGUGAUGAAAUCCAAUCUGAUACCAUUUGUGAGGAAUGUCCUAGGAAUGCAAGACCAGGUCCCGGAGGAGGAGGAGCUGCUGCAGAUUGCCGGCAUUCUGGAUACCAAUUGCUACGAUGUGCGGCUGCCGGAGCGCGGUAUUAAGAUACGGGCACUGUACGAGCUGGGAGCGAUGAUGUCCCAUCACUGUCGACCGAACACCAGGCACUAUUUCGAUGACGAGCUGCGUUUGGUCGUUGUGGCAACAGUGGAUAUACCGAAGGACGAGGUUAUUAGCAUUUCCUACGCACAACCGCUGCAGGCCACCAUCCAACGGCGCUAUGCCAUCCAGCAGGCAAAGUGUUUCCAAUGUGGCUGCGACCGCUGCCGGGAUCCUACCGAAUUCCAAACCUACGCCGGAUCCAUCAUCUGCCCUCGGUGUGCCAAAGAAAAGGUCGUUGCCCUCGAUCCGCUGGAUGUGCGCUCCGAGUGGCAGUGCAAAAGUAGGAAAUGUUCCUACCGGGAGUCGGCACUGGACGCCAUCCGACGAAGUGAGCAUCUUCAGGCAACGAUAAUGGCCCUGGCCCGGGGGAAAUCUCCCUGUGAGGAGUACGAACACUUUCUCACCACGCACCAAUCGACGCUACACCGGUGGAAUACCAAUGUCCUGCAGGUGAAGUACGCCCUUACGCAGCUGUAUGGCAGGCGAAAUGAUAGGGCAACACCCCCGGAAUCUGAUCUCAGACGAAAGGUGGAACUCUGUCAGGACCUGCUGGAGGUAGCGAACCGGCUGGAACCGGGAUUGAGCCUCUUUAGGGAAAAGCUGCUAGUCGAACUGCGGGAUGCAUUGCUAAUUCUACGGAACCUGACUCAUUCGGAUUCCGAUCACGUUGAAGUUCAACCGUCGUCGUCGUCAUCGUCGUCAUCAGCGAUACAAGGACCUAGUCCCAACAUGCACCGUCAAAGCCAUCGAAUCAAUUCGUCUGGGGCUAAUACCGGAAAAUCGAUGGCGCAAUUACUGGAGGAUGUCGUACGGGACCUGGCGGAGAUGGAGGAAUUGGAUCCCACAAUGAAGAAAAAAAAAUGUCAAACCGCUCGAGGACGGUUGAAUUAUUAGG